AUGGAUUACAUCGACUAUUCAUCCUUUCCGACGUUUGCGAGCACCGACUGUUCGCCUUCAACCGACGCCUUUUCUCAUCCGACGUCCUUCGACAAGGCAUUCACCCCAUGCCCCUUCACAACGUCCGAUACCUCUCUCGAGACUUUCGACGCAUAUGCCGGCAUACCCUUACACUCGGACGGUGCUAUAAAGAGCCUCGACGCUACGUCAUCCGUAGCACCGACAGAAGCAACUCAGUUCAAGUCAGUCUUGGAUCAGCCAUUCGGACGGCCUCCAUUUGGCCAACUCGAUGUUUUUACUUCUGGUUUUGCUUUCGAUACGAAUCCAGUAAGCAGCGCCGCAUUCGACCUCAGUCUCUCGCCCUUAUCCGACGACUCGCAGGCCCUUUCUGUCUGCGGUGAUGGUCCUCAGGACGCCUCCUUGAUCGCAUCUCCAUCCCUAUCACCACAGCCCUAUCUGAAGCGCGAAUCCACCGACUCUUCGCUCAAAUUCGAAGACUGUCCAGAUCCGUCGAAUCCUCCCAAGCGCAAGCGCGGUCGUCCGCGUCUUGAUCGCUCCACUUCCUCACGGUCUUCCUCUUCAGCCAAAACGCAGCGCAGUAAGCGCCUCCCGCAUAAUCAGGUCGAGCGCAAGUACCGGGAAGGUCUCAAUGCAUCUCUCGAACGCUUGCGCAAGACAGUUCCUACGCUGUGCCAGGAAGACGAUUUGGGAGGUCUGUUGGGUCAUCCUAAGCCCAGCAAAGCGAUGAUCUUAGAAGGCGCGAUCGAGUAUAUAAAGGAGAUCGAAAAGGAGCGCGACAUGUAUCGGAGCGAAAUCGAGCGACUACGCCGUGGAAGCCAGGGUUGGAAUCCGACCGGUAAUACAGGGUUUUUGGCCGAUUCGUGA